AUGGGGGAGCAGCCCAUCUACAGCACACGGGCGCAUGUCUUCCAAAUCGACCCAAACACUAAGAAGAACUGGCUGCCCACAAGCAAACAUGCAGUCACCGUCUCCUACUUCUACGACAGCACCAGAAAUGUCUAUCGUAUCAUCAGCCUGGACGGUACUAAGGCAAUAAUCAACAGCACAAUCAGCCCCAACAUGACGUUCACAAAGACCUCACAGAAGUUUGGCCAGUGGGCGGACAGUCGUGCCAACACUGUGUAUGGCCUGGGAUUCUCCACAGAGCAUCAUCUAGCCAAGUUUGCAGAAAAGUUUGCAGAGUACAAAGAAGCAGCACGACUUGCAAAAGAGAAGAGUCAAGAAAAGAUGGAAAUGGCGACGUCUCCAUCUCAGGAGUCUCCGGCGGGUGAACUCACUUCUCCUUUGACACCUGUGACUCCUCCAAUGGAAGCCUUGAACGGCACAGACGACAUCUGCGACACCACUCCAAACUCUGACAGUCGCCCGGAGCCGGCGCAGAACGCUCUGGCUUUUGCUCACAGCCCUGCAAUGACAAAACACUGGGAGGCUGAGCUGGAGGCACUAAAAGGAAACAACGCUAAGCUCACCGCCGCACUACUUGAAUCCACGGCCAAUGUCAAGCAGUGGAAGCAACAACUGGCCGCCUACCAAGAGGAGGCAGAGAGACUACACAAACGGGUAACAGAGCUUGAGUGUCAAAGCAACCAAACACCUGUGAUCAAAUCCCAGAAGAUGGAACUGAACCAAACCAUUGAAGAACUAGAGGCCACACUAAGGGACAAAGAGGAAGAAAUGGAGAAGCUUAAAGAAGAACUUGAAAACAUGAAUGAUCUUAUGGAGCAGAAAGACACCCUCACUCAGAAACUUGAGGAAACCGAGCUGCGCAGUCGAGUGCUGGAGGAGCAGCUUGCUGGAGCUGAGCAGCGAUUGGAGGAGAACCAGGAAGAGCAGGAGAACUUCAGGAAGAGCCUGAGGACGCUGCUUGAGCUGCUGGAUGGGAAGAUCUUUGAGCUGACGGAGCUGAGAGACACUCUGGCACGACUCAUAGAGGAGGCCAGCUAG